CUGUCACUCAGCUAACCGGCGAGCCAGUCUGCUGCGGGGAAGGUAUGUCCCCGUUAUUCAUGGACAGCGUUUACGAGCUCAACAGCCCCGGCUCGCUGUCAGCUGAGGAGAGCCACAGCAACACGGCUGGUUCGGAGAGAGAAGGAGAGGGACAACAGGUGGGACAGAGAGGGAUAAAAAGACGAGACAAGAACAGAGACGCUGCGAGGAAGAGCCGCAGAAAACAAACAGAGAGAGCAGACGAACUUCAUGAGGAGCUCCAGUGUCUGGAGCGAUCAAAUUCAGCCCUUCAAAAGGAGAUUGCCUCGUUGAAAAAAGACCUCCACCUCUACACGGCGGCUCUGGAGCGCCACGAGCCUUUCUGCUGCCUCAGAGCCUCCGCGUCCAGCUCCAGCUCAACAACCCACCUCUCGGUUUCCCCCUCAGCCGACUGUCAGACCUGCUCCAGCCCUCCUGGAGUCCCUCCCCAGGGCUCAAGCUCCACAUUGGCUGCUUCCCUAUCACUCUCUACCUCCUUAACCUCCAGCAUGGGGCUUCAAACACUUGACUGUGUUGAAAGCACUCAUCUCUCAUCUUCAACUCCUGCACCAACAGCUACAACAUUAGCCUCAACUAACAGCUUGUCUGCUGAACCCUUCACUUCCUCCAGCUCUAUAACUGUUCCUUAUUCUACCUCUUUUUUUACUGCCGCAGCUCCUCACUCUUUGUUUAGCGAAAAUCCUCCUUCUUUAAUCACAUCAAGGCUGACAAAUGCUACGCCUGUCUGCACCAGCCUUGUUUCAAACCCUGUAGUCUCCAGCUCUCUCACCACAGCUGCUCAGCCUCAAUCUGGGCAGGACACCAUCCAUGAAAGUUCUUCUGUGUCAACAAAUGCUUAUUUUUCUACACUUCAUCCUAGUUCACUGGAUGCCUUUCUAAUGAAACAAGCCUCUUUUCUAACUGCUUCACCCAAUGUAGUUCCCCCUUACUCCCAUUCAGGGGCAGAGAAUGCUGGUGUAGUAGUGCCAGGUUGUCCCAUGAAUGUACCCCCGCUUCAUCCAGGUCAGUUUAGUGGAAAUCCAAUCAAUUCAAGUCAGCCGUGUUCUCUUUCACUAUCAACUCUUCAAGAUCCUGCCCCUCCCUCCCUCUCAGUGUCCCCUCAGUCAAACCCGGAGCCGUCUCCUGCCAAUGCUUUUGCCUUAAAGCCAAGUUAUAGUCAACAAAUUUCACCUGCUCCUCUGCUUUCCCUGCUCACUGUCCCGAGUCCCCUUAAUGUGUCUCAGACUAGCUCCUGCAGCUUUGAUAUACCUCUCUCUCAACCUCUACCCUUGCUGUCACCGUUGGGGGAUCCCUUAAGAGAUCUCUCCCUCUCUGAGCUCCUGGAGGUCAAUGAUUGGAUACUACAGUUGGACCAAUGCCAUUCAAUCUCAAGUGAUACCAAAUCACAGCACAGAUGUCUCUUAUUAGAAGUGAAAAUAUGCUGAGAAGCUACAGCAACAACGGUAAAAAGGCAAGAUUUUAUGAGCAUAAGCAGACACAUUUAUACAUCUGACUUCUGUAUGGAAAACCUGACAUCAGAAAAUUAACCAAGGGCCAAACAAAUGUCUGGGCUCUUGCUCAUAUUCAGCUUUCUGCUUCUUAAAGGGAUACUCUAGUGAUUUAGUAUUGCAUAGUAGUGUAUUUAGAACGCCUAGCGGAGGUUUCAGAGACUGGAGUCAGAUUUUUCUUUACUCCUAAAGCUACUAAAAUUUCUUACUUUGCUGGAUAACACGCCAAAACUCUGUACACUGAAUUAGUCACUUUUGAGCCCACAGUUUCCAAGCCCUUGUAGAUGAAAUGUGAACCAACUAUGAAAUAAAAUCCAGCAUCGUACAGUUUUUCAUUUUCGAAUAAAUCACAGGUAGGCAUUAUCCCUUCCUUAAUCCAGAGACGAGACACUGAAAAGCUGACUCAACCUUUGAAACUUCGACUUGUAAUUUUAGAUAGGGUGAAGGGCUCACUUCCUUGCAACUUCGAGGAAAUGUCACUAGGAGAAAUUUCCAAAAUGCCAACUCGAGAAAACUUUAUUCUUUAUUUUUUCCUUUUCUUUUUACCUUGUUUAAAACAUAUUAUCAAACACACAUAUUUUGCUGCUACCGAUAAUUUAUUUAUGUAUUGUGAUAUUUGAAUUUGCUGAUUUUUAAUAUUUUUAAAAGGUACAAUUUAUUUUUCUACAUUUCCUUUGAUAAAGUAAAUGUAUCUCUUUUAUUCUUCACUUCAAAUAAUAGAAUUACAUUAUUUCUACUUAGCACAGUAAUUAUGAUUCUACCUAUAUGAUUCAUUGUUAAAUUAGGUCUUUUAGCAGGUUUUGCUUGCAAGGGUGGAAUACCAACAAGACAAAGAGGGCAACUGCCCAGUGCCCCAAACCCUCAGGGGCCCCAAAGUCCCCAUACUGAUUGUGUGUCUGUUGGUUUGUGGUAAUUUUAUUAAAAUAGUAAAUGUCUGUCUUAUCUACUUGUAUCACAAUGGUGCUCACUGGUAAUUUUUGCCCUGGGGCCCCCUAGUGGUUAAAUCCAGCAGUGAUUUGAUGGACAAUUUAUGUGCCUACUCAAGACCCUUAUUUGCAGUUACUGUAUGACCAAAUCCAGCCAUGUGUAUGUAUGACAUCACAUAUUUUUGGAUUAGCUUGUAAAUGUGUAAAACUUGCUUUCACCAGUCUGUUUUUACAUGCACUGACGGCAGGCCUGCACUGAUCUGUGAGGGAGAAGCAGUACACAGCAGGAUGAGGUGAUGAGGUUGUCAGGGACAGCUUCAUUAAGGAUGAUGAUGGUGACAGGGUCAUCAAGACAGACAUAGAUCUAGUGGCCCACUAACACCCCUCACCCCUAUGGGUCUAAACCUAUGAUAACAAUGGUUGUAUGACUAUUAAUUCCCUUAUUGUGCUCGUUUCAAGUGAAUCAAAUGAGAGAAAUAUUUUCAUUUUCCCAUUUGACUUCCUGCAACUAACAAUAAGAGAACCAUGCGGCUGCUAAAAACCUGUUGUAUGGGAACUACUGCUGUAAGGAAAUUUUGAUUUUCAAAGGAUGAUUUAUAUCUGUAGAUAUAGUUAUGGCCAUUUUGUAUUUAUCAUGCAUUAGAUGAAUAUAUUUUGCUGUAAUAUUGGUUGCAAUAGAAGUUUAUUACAAAUAAAAACAUUUUAUUUAAA